GGUGGGAAAUACCCUUUUGUGCAAUGUAACUCUUUCCACGUGCAGGCAAUCCUACCAUUACAACGCAGAUCUUGGUAUCCUCGACCUGGACGCCUCGGCCGUUAGUGCCUGGUGCCAUGGCUGCCAAUUUUGUACCGAAAUCGCGAGUUUAGGUGCGGAUGACGAAACCAUGUAGGAGACAACAAUUGGGCAGAUAUCGGAAGCAACUAUGGCUGAGGACCAAAGACAAGAAAAAAAGCAGGGUCUUGGGGCUUGAGAAAAACAAGAUGAAUACUGAUCAGAGGCCAGCCUCGGAUGUGGUGGUGGUGGUGCUUGGAUCAGGCGAUGCGAAAAGUGUUUUUGUGUCGAGAGAUGCACGAGGAAAGUCUCAUGCACGAAAUGCCGUCACUCUCGGGAUUCUCAGGGCCAAACUUUUGACUUUCCCUCAAGUAACCCGGCUCAGCGGCUCCUGGCAGUGGAAACGCUCGGCAUCACCCCGCAGUGGGCAUGGAUUAGCGAAGCUUUCCAUCAGAUCAACUAGAAAGCAACCCACUACCAGGGCUGGGGCCAGGGUGUGUUUGCUCCCGUGUCAACUCAACGAUGACCCCUCACCCCGAUAAUACCCAUCGGGAUGAAUACGCCAUGCCAAUAGAUUGCUGAGGAUUUCCGGGCGAGUAUCGUUCUGAACCGUACGAGUUACCGUAACUGGGAGCUGGAAGC